AUGGCUGUUCCAAUUGCUAAAACACUGCCUGACCUCUCCAAACUAGAGCCACUUGAUGGGAUCAACUAUAAACGAUGGUCACAAAAGUUGCUCAUAUUUUUUGAACAAUUGGACGUGGACUAUGUGCUGUUCCAGAAUCCACCGGAAACUCCAGCUGAAAUCUCUACUCUUGCCAUUACUGCAGCGGCAAUUCCAGCAGAAGGGACGAUUACAAAAUCUGAGCACAAGACAAAACUGAAAUACGACAGAGAUAAUAAAACGGUGAGAGGUCAUCUGCUGAAUCAUAUGAACAAUUCUUUGUUCGAUUUAUUUGUCAACUAUAAGAGUGCCAAAGAAAUCUGGACUACAAUGGAGGCAAGAUACGGAGGUGAUGACGCUGGAAGAAAAAAGUACGUCGUCGGCAAAUGGCUUCAAUUUCAAAUGGUUGAUGAGAAGCCUAUAAUGGACCAAAUCUAUGAGUACGAAAACCUAGUAACUGAAGUGCUAAGCGAGGGCAUGAAAAUGUGUGAAAUUUUACAAGCCAACGUACUACUGGAGAAAUUCCCUCCUACUUGGAGUGAAUAUCGCAACCACUUGAAGCACAAGAAAAAGGAUCUAACACUUCAAGAACUAAUCAGCUAUAUGAGAACGGAGGAAGCAAAUCGUCUAAAAGAUAAGAAAACUUCUCUCUUUUCUGUUUUAGUUAAAGCUAACCUUGUUGAGUCUGCUGGAUUUAAAAACAGGUUUCCCUAG